CCGAUAUAAAGGGUAAGUAGUGAAAUUAGAUAUAUUUUAACAAAAAAAUAAUGAAUAUUUCAAAACAAAUUCUUACUCACUUUCAAUAUCUCAGUCUCUCACUAAAAAGUAAAAACUCUAAAUUCCUCCCUCUCUCUCUACGCUCACUCGCUCAGGCCGCCACCCCACCUUUCAUAGCCACCGGCCGGUGGCCACCGUUACGCCCAGAUCUCCUUCACGUGAAUUACGCCCAGAUCUCCUUCUACUCGCAUUUGCUCGGCAAAUCUCCGGGAUCGCCGAGGGACAUUGGAGAGUCGUCAUCAUCGCGGGAAAGCGAGGAUUAUGGUGGAGACGGAAAUGAUUAUAGUGGGAUUUUUGUACAUAAUGGUCCCUUCGAAGAUACUUAACAAGCGAAUGCAAAACAGGUUGCAAUUAGAUCUGGUUUUUAUUUAGUAGUAGCAACUCAUGAAUCUCAACGGGAUGGUAGAAUGGAUCGCAUUUUGAGAUGCGAUCGUUAUCGCAAAAGGGAGGAACGAGAUUUCAGUACAGCGAUUCGGUUUGAUACAAAGCGGAAAGGUUGUUGGUGUGAGUUCAAAGUAAAGAUUCGACAAUACCAAAGUCGUGACGGUUGGGAAGUGAAGGGUUACUCUAAAUGGGGGUAUCACAACCAUGAGAUGAUAGUAUAUGAAGUAGAUCAUCGACAGUUAGGCGGCCUAAGUCCUGCUGCAAAACUAGUUUUCAAAGAAAUGAGUGAUGCUCAAGUGAAGCUAUUAGCAUCUGUGUUAGAGAAAUUUCCUGAUGACCAGUCAAACCGAAGACACAUCUACAACGCCAGACAGAAACUGAGGUUUGAAUGGUCAGAACCCUAUACAUUCUACACCAGGCACAAGCACGUGGUUAUUUGUUUGGUUUAAUUCAGAUGAAGAGACAGUGGAGAUGACUUAUUUAUUCCUUGUGCAUCCUGAUUGUGCUGAUAUGAUCAAGUCUUGGCCAUCUGUGAUUUUGAUCGAUUCAACAUACAAGAC